AGAGGGAUGCAACAGCUAUUCCCGUCCUCCCCUGUACGUUUGCAUUUAUUAUUGACCUUUCUCGAUGUAUGCAUUGCUGGCUAGGUGAGCGGUUAGUGCCUAUCACUCCUCGCCGCUGAGAAGUUGGUGGUGAGGCACAAGGAUGAACAAAGCCAUGUUGCUGCCUGUAUGUUCGUUUUCACCUGCGCAUCGCAAACCAAGGCAUUAGUUCCUUUGUGUGCAAUAUUAUCCUCUUGCAAUCUGACCUCUCAAACACUCAGUUGUGAGACACUGAAAUUAGGAAUGUACUCGAUGGCCUUGUUUGACACAUCAGCUGCACACCAUAUGUUGCACUGAAAGGUAGAAGUGUUGCUAAAACUUGACUCAAGCUGCUUGUGAAGAUUUGCCUGAUCUCGUUUGAUGGUUGAAAGGAAGGGAAGCUUCCUUCCUGAAUGCAGGUUUGUCAAAAAGCACCUUUACAUCUCAAUUUAAGGUUGCGUAGCCAGAUCGCGAAAGGAGACGGAAUGUCAGUAAUGGGAAAGGUUUGGUCCGGAAGGAGUCCACUGCCAGGUUGAAGAUUGCCAAGAACUCUGCAUGGACUUGGUUCUCUGCUUGUUAUUAGUGACAGUGUCCAUUCGUGCUGGAGGUGAUGCAUGUCCAGCAUUGGAGAUUUAGUUUGUCAUAGAAAUCAGCGUUAGUUAUUGUAAGGACAAGUGAAUGCAGCUCCUCUGAUUGUUUAAUGGUUCCAGUUACUGUGAUGAUUUUCCCUUCCGGCACUGCCAGACAUCUUGUUGACGGGCUGGGCUUGGCUUGUCGAGUGCCUUUGAGGAUUAUGAUUAAUUGGUACUGAGGAAACGAAGCAGAGGAGAAAUUGAGAGGAUGUUUGAAAGUGGUUGUCUUGUUUUAUUGGAUCUCCUGAAGGCGACACUAGAUAUCCACAGUUGAAGGGUGUACUGUGCACUGUCCAACCAACGCAAAAGGAUUGCAGUGACGUGGACAGGUGCAGCAUCAGUUGUCGCAGAUCAAGUGGAGACAACAUGAGUUGAUGUUAUUCUCAACAUGUCAUUAAUCAUUGCAGAACCAAACCCUGUGAACAAUGUAAUCGUUCUGAAUCACACCACUACUUCAGUUACUCUGAGCUGGGACCAACCAUUCGACCACAAGCCGGAGUAUACCUAUAAGGUGGCAGUGAACGGAAAUCUCUCAACAAAUGUGACUGAGAAUGAAUUCAUCACUGUGACUCAACUGAAUCCAGGAACAAGAUACAUUUUUAGGGUGUUCACGCUGACGGCAGAUAACACGUCAGCAGAUCCCGUCACUGUCUCUUCGACUACAGUUCCUUCCAAGCCAGGAGCCAUUAAUGUGACAGCCUUAAGCAACAGUUCCAUCUCCCUCAGCUUAGGAAGACCCGUGGACAUGGAGGUCAACCAGUACAAUUUCAGCAUCACAUACAGGGCUGCCAACCGUUCCGAUGGUUCCUUGAUUGAAAGUUCAAAUUCCACCACAAUCCAAGGUCUGCAAUCUGGAACCAAUUACACCAUAGUUGUGACUACUAUUGUUCUCGGUGGAGUGAAGAGUGAAGCUGUGGUUCGAAGUCAGUUUACACGUAAGUGGGGUGAAAUUUCCCUCGUAGACUGGGUUGCAGCCCGAAUGUGAGAAGCAAAUAAGAAAGGACAAUCUUCCAGGUGGUGAGAUCAUUGGAUUCAAGAAUGUAUUUUGGAGAUGGUGCAGGGUGUUUGGUUGAAGGUGUUCUGCAGAGACCUCGGAUGGAUACAGCUUUUCUGAUGAAUGAUUAAUCAGUUAGAAUUGUUGCUCCUUAACCUCGAUACGAGAGAGACAUUUCUCGUAUCUUAACUGGCCUUCCUGUGGCAAAUGCAGCAGAAUAAUUGGCCGCGGUUACGUUCUUGCUAGGGAGUUAAACAUUGUUGGAGAGGAAUGUUGCAGUCUAGUUUGUGUUAGGACUGAAUCACCUUUUGACUUUGAGCUUGUUGAGUAUUGCUCUGGAUGAGUUCGUUCCAAUUAUUAACGUUAUCAACAAUUACAAAUUGAAUCAUGACACUUCAUUGAAGUUAGAGGCACGUAUCAGGAUGCCAUUAAAUCUCAUCUGGGGCAGUCU